GGGUUUUGCUCGGCGGCGGCUCGUGUCAUCGACCAUCGGCGAGAAGAACAUGUGCCAGCAAUCGAAGAGAAUCCUCUCGAUGCGUUUGCUCCGGUCGGCCUCCGUCUCGUGGAGCAGGUGCUCACUCUGAUUCCUCUUGAAUUGGCGCAGCGUGCGGCGCACUUUGUCGUAGAGGCGCUGCGGGGUGACUCUGCUUUCGCCACGGUAGAGGACGGUCUUCAAUUCCGUCCAGCAGGUGGUAGUGGCGGAGUGCAGUGGCAUGACACGCCCUGCCUUCCGGUGGUCCAGCAGCACCUUCACCAAUUUCAUCUCCUCGCCCAUCGAGAAUUUCAUCCCUUUGCGUCUCUGAGUGUCGUCGACCACGCCGCGAGAUUUCGGCGUCUCGUCCCCGUCGUUCAGUUUGCGCUUCAACUUGAUGACGAGAGGCCUAAUUGGGGCAUCCCCACCCUGCGGCCGCCGCCCUCGCCGCCCUCGUCGCCCUCUCAUCUUCGGCUAUGCAAUUUCCCGAGGAGAAGCAGGCCUCGGGACGAUGCUCCCGACGCAGAAUCUUCGAAACCGCAAGAACCUGUCAAAUGUUCUUGCAAUAGAAGUGGAAUUGACAAGAAAGAAUUCUGCUCAGAGCUGGAAGCAGCAAUGCUUCUGAAGUGCUGAAAACCCAAAUCCGAGGCCUGUAAUACACUUCAUAUGAAUUCCGUAUGCUCCCAGAGAUACCAGUGUCUCAGUGGCCAUCACUCACUGCAUGGAGUCCAGAUGACUCAAACGUUCCACGAAUUUGAGCUCGGACUUAUCGACCUUCCAGGUUUCGAAAUUUGAGACUGACUUAGAUCCGUUCUAAAGAUCUUCAGACACAACGACAUUAGAAGCGGUUGCCAUGCACAGAUCUGUUUAAGGUCAUCGUCCUCGUACGAAUGAAAAUCCUCUCGAGCUUAUUAAAAGCUGAGAACAGGUCCGCCUUUCGGUCCAAUGACGGCACUCCAAUUUGCGCCAGCCGCAAGCGCAUGCCUCCUCCUCUCACUUGAAGAAGGCCCCACUCUCCUCUUUAUCGAGCGACAUUGGUACGAAGGCAUUGGACUCUUCUCAAUCUCAGGUGACCAUGUAUUGCCCCGAAAGGAUCCCCUGGUCGAAGAUCACCCUUCCAGAAUGUGUCGUGAUUAAAAUUCUGGCAAGAUUACCUUUUCCGGAAAUAAUGACGGUGCGAUUCUUGUCGAGAACUUGGGCUAUCAGAUUUCUGGACAGAGAGCGAGCUGUAGAAAGGGCAGUCAAGAUGGGAAUGGAUCCUCUCGAGGUUGUGGGGAGCUCAUUUACAGAUUUUCAGACUGAAGUCGCUUCCGUUUCCCACCGCUGGCCCAAGUAUUUCCCAGUUCUCAGGACGCCUGGAACGAGACCUGGAUUUGUGGCCUGGAACAAAAGGAUGCUCGAUUGGAAGAAGUUUGGCAUCCCUGACGUGAUACGCUCGUUUCCAAACGAGAAGUACCCUCAAAUGUGGACAUUCUUCGGAUCCAUUCUGUGCAGAUUGUGGCGUGUGGGCAUGACCCUGUACAGAGUGCAGCUGGCCAACUUGAUAACCGGAAGAUCAUUCAACACGAGAACUCUGCCGUCACCCGUAAUCCAUGACGGGAUGAGAAAGCCUCCUUGUGCAGUUCAUUUGAUGCAAGGUGAUGAGAUUUGUGACUUCAAGAUACUUCUGCUGUACGAGAGGGAUCUGCUCAAACCAACCAAGAGACGAGCAAAGGCACCGGAAGAUCUCGAGAUUCAGCUCCGCUUGACUGUUCAGAUUUACGCAUCCGAUACAAGGAGCUGGAAUGUUGUCACUCAUGAUAUGAAGUGUGGUCCGGCCCUCAUCCCAGUUCAUUACUCCAAUUCAGUGUGUUAUGGUGACGACCUUUACGCAGUUCUCGCCACGAGCAGCCGCUCGCACAUGCUCCAAUUUGUUUUCAACGUAUCGACCGAGCACUGGACGACUGUCUCGACAAGCCCUCGCUGUUCCGAGAACUGGCGACUGAAAGACAUGCUCGUCACUUCCUCGUCGGAGCGGGAGAUCGGCAACACGUUCAUUUACCAGAGAGAUCCCUUCACACCAGCCUCACUGCGCAGGCUGCAUUCGAUCAGCACGGUGAAAUUGGACAAAUCGACUCUGCAAGUAUCAUCGAGAGUCGUCGUGUCCAACAGCGCGCGGUUUGCCAAAGAUCCCGUGGCAACGAAGAUCGAAAAGCACGAGACGGGAGCAUAUGGAGAUCAACAUUCAUCGAUGUACGUGGUCGAGGGGAGUGCAUUCGGAGACUCAACAGAUGAGCCGUAUGCGACGUGGUAUUUCGACAUAGCGGAAGACGCUUGGCAUGAGUUCACGGACAUUCCCUACGAUGUCAUUCAUUACCACGAGGCCAAGCAUCUGUCGAAGGGCCCUCUGCCUUGCAUCGCGUCCUCUUUUGCUCCAGGAUUGAACCCCUUCGCAGAAUGGCGCGACGUAUAGAAAACGUAUACAUCCUCUGCAGGCCAUACGGGUACGUACAAGAACAGGGAGUAUACUGCUGUAAGCGUAGGCUAACACCUUUUCGACAUGCAUAUCUUCAUAACCUUGUUGGAUAUGGCGCAGCAUUUAAGAUCGCUUUGUAUGUUGAUACCACUGCAUAUUUCCAAACUGGGUAAAAAAGAAGAAGAAGAGGGUCUUGCACUAUUCGUACAUCUCAAUGGCUUUGGGAAUUGGAGUCAUUAUUGAACUCUUCCUUUAAGUCUGUCCUUAUUUACUUUGCUUUUGGAGCACGGAGAAUUCCAAACUGUAAAACAUUUAUACAUAUUGAUGGAAUCUAAAUCUUGUUGAAUAGAUUUGAAGGU